UUUUGGUUUUGGUGAAUGGGAACUUCCUGAAUUUACCUUUCCAUUUUGGGUUAGUUUGUUUAACAACAGGAUUGAGUGAUCUCCCUUUCACUUCCUUUUCCGGUUGCUGAAUCCAUCAAAAUGGUAGGGUGUUAAUACCUUCUAAAUAAAAUCUCUACUAAUCUUUAGUUUUUAACAUUAGAUGAUUAUUUAUCUUUGAUAAAUAAUAUUUUUAAGCAAGUUAAAAUUAUAGCUUUCUUUUUUGGAACGUUAUUAAAAUCUGUUUCAUAUAAAAUAACAAAAUUUCCAAAGAUCUAUUGGGUAGAAAAACAAUGUAUUUUCUGAAGUAUAAAGCUAAUGCUGAUUUUUCGCUAUUUUUUUCCAGACGACUAAGGCAAAGAAGACCAGAAAGCUACGUGGUCAUGUAAGUCAUGGACAUGGCCGUGUUGGUAAGUUAUACAUUUUUUGGUGCAUAGGAAUAUAAAAUAAAAACAGCAUAUUUUUGCUGCACUUAAUUUUGAGUUGGUUCUCUGCAUUUUCCUUUAUUAAAAGAUGAGUUAUCUGAGGAGUCUGUUUAGAGACUGUUUACAGACUUGGGUAAAUUUUAAGGACGAAUGCCACAUUUUUAUCGAAUUUCACGAAUGUAUCCCUAAAUCCAUCCCUAUGCCUAACCUGAACCCUAAAUUGAUCCGCCCUAUGCCUAAAAAUAACCCUAAAUCGAUCCCUAUGCCUAAACUGAACCCUAAAUCGAUCCCUCAACCUAACCUAAACCCUAAUUCACUGCAACUAUAAUAACACACAAAAGACGCUGUGACAUCCCUCCUUAAUAUCAGCCCAGACUUGUUUACUCUUAUGACUAUGAAUUUGGAGUACAAUGUACGAUUUUGAGAUGUCUUUUUCCAUUGUACGCAGAGACCCAUUAGAACUUCAAUUAUAAGAGACUAAGUUGAAAAUAUUCAUAUUCCGAUAGUUUUAUCAGAUUUAAAAAUAAUUAAAAAGUUAAUUUUAGGUUGUUUUUUAGAUCUCAAAUGCUGUAAAAGGAGCACACAAUGUUUUGUAUGAUUUCACAUCACAAUAUUGCCAUAUAUUUUACACGCAGCAAUAUUAUAUUUCAACGGGGUGUUUAAAUAUUCCCUUUUCCCCUUCACCCAUUUGCAGCCUUUGAUCUGACUUCGAGUUUGAACGACGUUAUAUUUCCCCAGUAACUUUUUUUACCAAUGACAGACUGGGAUAAUGGGAUCUGCACAUUUACUUAAAUAUUAAUUUUUAGACACCUUAAGCAGAUGCAAGUCUACAAUACAAAAUGACAGCAGAUAGCAAUAGAAACGUCAGUCAUCUUUUUAUCUUCAGUUCCUUAUAUUUUAUGCACACUUAACUCGAUCCUGUUAGAUGUGUGAUGCAUGUGGUUAUAUCUNAAAGAUGAGUUAUCUGAGGAGUCUGUUUAGAGACUGUUUACAGACUUGGGUAAAUUUUAAGGACGAAUGCCACAUUUUUAUCGAAUUUCACGAAUGUAUCCCUAAAUCCAUCCCUAUGCCUAACCUGAACCCUAAAUUGAUCCGCCCUAUGCCUAAAAAUAACCCUAAAUCGAUCCCUAUGCCUAAACUGAACCCUAAAUCGAUCCCUCAACCUAACCUAAACCCUAAUUCACUGCAACUAUAAUAACACACAAAAGACGCUGUGACAUCCCUCCUUAAUAUCAGCCCAGACUUGUUUACUCUUAUGACUAUGAAUUUGGAGUACAAUGUACGAUUUUGAGAUGUCUUUUUCCAUUGUACGCAGAGACCCAUUAGAACUUCAAUUAUAAGAGACUAAGUUGAAAAUAUUCAUAUUCCGAUAGUUUUAUCAGAUUUAAAAAUAAUUAAAAAGUUAAUUUUAGGUUGUUUUUUAGAUCUCAAAUGCUGUAAAAGGAGCACACAAUGUUUUGUAUGAUUUCACAUCACAAUAUUGCCAUAUAUUUUACACGCAGCAAUAUUAUAUUUCAACGGGGUGUUUAAAUAUUCCCUUUUCCCCUUCACCCAUUUGCAGCCUUUGAUCUGACUUCGAGUUUGAACGACGUUAUAUUUCCCCAGUAACUUUUUUUACCAAUGACAGACUGGGAUAAUGGGAUCUGCACAUUUACUUAAAUAUUAAUUUUUAGACACCUUAAGCAGAUGCAAGUCUACAAUACAAAAUGACAGCAGAUAGCAAUAGAAACGUCAGUCAUCUUUUUAUCUUCAGUUCCUUAUAUUUUAUGCACACUUAACUCGAUCCUGUUAGAUGUGUGAUGCAUGUGGUUAUAUCUAGGGGUGUGCCGGAUCCGUUUUUUCCAACCGGAUNUAUAUUUUACACGCAGCAAUAUUAUAUUUCAACGGGGUGUUUAAAUAUUCCCUUUUCCCCUUCACCCAUUUGCAGCCUUUGAUCUGACUUCGAGUUUGAACGACGUUAUAUUUCCCCAGUAACUUUUUUUACCAAUGACAGACUGGGAUAAUGGGAUCUGCACAUUUACUUAAAUAUUAAUUUUUAGACACCUUAAGCAGAUGCAAGUCUACAAUACAAAAUGACAGCAGAUAGCAAUAGAAACGUCAGUCAUCUUUUUAUCUUCAGUUCCUUAUAUUUUAUGCACACUUAACUCGAUCCUGUUAGAUGUGUGAUGCAUGUGGUUAUAUCUCAUAUGUAGCCUACUGCAUGUUUAUUUACUAUUAAGAUACUGUAUUGUACGAUUUUAGGAGUUUAAGGUUAAAUGGGUCUGGGAAGAUGUUCUUAAAUAUUGUUAAUAAGUGUAUACUUUAUCGAUAGACUUAACUCAAUCUAAUGAAUAAUAAACUGUAAAUUUGGACAAGAUGAGCCAGGAUGUAGUACCUGUGUGAUGCGUACCUUGUUUUGAUGUGGCCGACAUCUUUGUUGCCAAGAUCGCAAACAUUAUUUUCAAAAGUGGUACAAAACACUUUUAAAAAACACAUGAAUACCUUUUGUACACUGCCAACGUGUUAACGAAGGGCGGUCACUCCUUUCCCUCUAGAAUAACCAAACCUUGGCUCUCCACAUGUACUAGUGGGACAAAUGAAAAGUGUAAAAAUGAACAAAAAGAAUUAAAAUUAAAUUGAAAAUAAUGAAAAUUUCAACUUGCCACCAGAUAAAAUAAUGGCCUCAUUUCUGCAACAAUCACUGCACAAAUUUCAAUAUAUUAAUUAUUAAUUCCAAUGACACCAUCGGUGUCUACCUUUGUAAUUAAAGGGCUGUUCACCCUUACAAACAUGUCAAAUGGCCAUGGCCCCUCUCGUCCCAGUCACCACUACAUAGGCAGGGAUAAGUCGGAGUAAGACUAUCAGUCAAAAUGUUUUGCUACACUUUUAAUUUAUGUAAAUGAAUUUUGGCAUGGAAUUUUAAGGUUUAGGUUAGGUUUGCUGAUAAUUUUUAGGGCUAGGCUUGUAGAAUUGUUGAUCAAUUUUUUAUCCCAUAGCCAUAGCUUAAAUCUUGUGUCUGGAUGUUCUAAAUUAAAAUGAAAUUAUGUUGUUCAAAUUGCAUAUCAUAUGGAAUUACAAUUUAAUUCAUUUUCCUUAACAGGCCUAUUUUGUAUUACUGGUAUACAUUAUUUUAGAAAUUAGUGUGAGGUAUAACUAAUUCUUUAAGGUUAUAGUCCAUGUUGUUAUAACAGAAGUGGAACUUGAAUUAGACUUUGGAGAGAGCUUGUGAUUUUUUUUUUACUACCGUCUUAAAAAACUUAUAGUUAGUUGUAUUUAACAAAUGAAUUUAUUCCCACAGGCAAACACCGCAAGCAUCCUGGUGGUCGUGGUAAUGCUGGUGGUCAGCACCAUCACAGAAUAAACUUUGACAAAUAGUAAGUUGUUCUAUGUACAACUUAAGGUGCCUGAUUUAUUAUUUAUUGUCAAUUUUGUUAUCUAGCAAUUAAAAAUUACAAUAAGAGUUGUUUCCUUCCAGGUUAUUAGUACAUCUGUUAGGUAGGAGACAGUGAAUUUAUUAAUGCAGUUUUACGGUUGUCUAAAUAUUUCAUUUUUCCACAGCCAUCCUGGUUACUUUGGUAAAGUUGGUAUGCGUUACUUUCACAAGACCAAUAACAAAUUUUUCUGUCCAUCAAUUAAUCUGGACAAACUGUGGUCACUACUCAGUGUGCAGUCAAGGGAAAAAUAUCUGGAUAAACCAAGUGAAAAAGCACCUGUAAUUGAUAUUGGACAGGCUGUGAGUAUAUUCCUUUAUAAGAAAUAUUUUUUAAAUUGUACUGGUAUAAGCCUAGUUUAUUAAUUAAAACAUGAAUGUCCCUUACCUUGAAGUUAAUCAUUUGCCUUCUGUCCAUUAUGUUUAAGAAAAAGAUGGAAUUAAAUUGUAUAACAAAUAUAUGUAGGAUACUGAAACUUUAAAAGUUCACACAAAGAUAAGUAAAAGACCAGAACAUAAUUGAUGGUUAUUAGGGCUUAACAACCUGGUGCAGUUUUUUUUACACACCGGGUCCAUGUAUUUAGAGAAAAUACCUGGUGGGUAGAAAAAGGGUUAAAUUCUCAUUUUCUUUAAACCAUAGGCCUACAGACACUACUCCACCCUAUCUGCCAGGACUUUAAAUAAUAGACCUAUAGACAGUCCUACACUAUAUGGUACCCGUGGCUCUUUAUUGAUUAAUAUAAUAGUCACCUUAAAAAAAAAACUCUAAUUACCGUCAUGGGUGAGGCUUGCUGCAUGGCAGCUUUUUUCCCCCCACUCGGGCCUGUUAAUAAAAAUGAGUAGUGGGAAGAGUUGGUUGUGAAUAGAAAACAUAAGCGAUAGUAGAUCUGCAUUAGUCUUCAUGAACUACGUUAGAUCAUGAUAAACCUCAAAAGGGAUCUUGGAACCAGUUUGUUGCCUUACAUCAAUCUUAUUUGGAUUGCUUAACACUGUUUUGUUUAUUAUUGUUUGCUUUCUCCGUUAUUUUGAACAGUUUCAGGUGCAGUUGUAAUAUUUCUUUUAAUGCUUUAUGUAUUUUUAUUUCAGGGUUAUUACAAAGUUCUUGGAAAAGGUCACCUUCCCAAGCGCCCAGUCAUUAUCAAGGCUAAAUUUUUCAGUAAAGUUGCAGAAAAACGAAUCAAGGAAGUUGGUGGUGCUUGUGUCCUCACUUCUUAAUACUGCAAAUUAAAAUAUUAAUGUUACUUCCAAUGUCUUAUUUUAUUUUUGUCUAUUUUGUUGUUAAAUUUUGUAUGCUUUUAUUUUAAUUAGGAUUCAGG